AUGUCAGCCAAUGGGAGCUCAGAUACUGGCUUAAGACCAGAGGUCAGAACCACCAACAACACCUGCUGCCACAAAGAAAUGUCUGCGACAGCGUCUGUCAUCUCCAUGACUGUAGGCAUCUUCUCCAACAGCAUCGCUCUCUUCAUUCUGGUCAAAUCCUACCACCGUGUACGCAUCAGGUCCAAGGCAGCCUUCCUAUUUUUUGCCAGCAGCUUGGUGAUCACCGACCUGUUGGGUCACCUCAUCAAUGGCUCCCUGGUGCUUUAUGUCUACCGUUCCCAAAGGAAGUGGGAGACCUUUGAUCCUCACGGAAUAGUGUGCAGCAUUUUUGGGAUGUGCAUCGUGUUCUAUGGGUUGAGCCCCCUGUUCCUUGGAAGCGUUAUGGCGGUGGAGCGCUGUAUUGGAGUCACCAGGCCCAUCUUCCACUCCACAGCUUUGGUUCCCCACCACGUUAAAAGGCUGCUUGGGCUCAGCUGGCUGCUCGCUGCUCUCGUGGCUUUGUUGCCUGUGCUUCUGGGGAGGCCGUACGGGAUUCAGAGCUCCCGGAGCUGGUGCUUCUUCCGUAUGAAACAACCCAAAGACUGGCUGGAUGUGCUGCUGCCUCUGCUUUUCUCUGUGCUGGGGUUACUGGCAUUGCUUCUCUCCAUUAUUUGUAACACACUUGCAAGUUGUGUUUUGCUGCAGGGCAAGUUGCGCAACAAGCAACACUGCAGAGUAGCCCCUUAUCACAUAGAGAUGAUCUGCCAGCUUCUGGCAAUCAUGCUGGUGUCCUGUGUGUGCUGGGGCCCGUUGCUGGUCCACAUCAUCAUUCUUACUACUCGAGUUAAAGAGGAGCCAACACGUGUCAGUCUGCUGAUGAUGGUUCGUAUGGCCACAUGGAACCAGAUCCUGGAUCCCUGGGUAUACAUCCUCCUGAGGAAGGCUGUUCUGAGGAAAAUCUUCACGUUGUUUCACAGCUGCGGGGGCUCCAAGCGCCAUGACAUACAGAGCUGGCAACGCAGUAUACUAGUCAGCUCUGUGGAGACCAACAAAUCUGACUGCCACUGUCUCGGUAAAGUACCAAAUACCUCCAGAAACUCCAUCAAGUGA